GGAAAACACAAGGAGGUUGAAGGGGAAGUCCAAGAGUUUGACAGGAGCAGCCAAGCGGUGUUUGAUUUAAACUUUAAAUGACUUCGAGCUUUUGCACACAAAGGCUAACGGAAUAUUUAAAUCAGUCGUAGGCCCUGCGUCCGCUUUCCUGUCGGCCUUAUAGACGCGUUAAAGAAGCCUGAGCGCUUCCUUACAGGACGAUGAUCCCUCUUUAAUGGGAAUAUUCACCAACCUUUUCUCUAAUUUCACUUUAAUUCGUCUGAGUUUAUUUAGAAACAAUAACAGGAUAAUCAUGGCAAGACGGCUACAUGCACGCAGGACGGAGGGGGUGGACAAAAACGUAUGGGUUGAGUUCACAAAGCUGGCAGCCGACUACAAAGCAGUGAACCUGGGUCAAGGAUUUCCCGACUUCUCCCCUCCAAAGUUUGUGCAGGACGCUUUCUGUAACGCUCUGAACGGCGGAUUCCAGAUGCAUCAGUACACACGAGCUUUUGGUCACCCCCCUCUUGUUAAAAACAUGGCUAAAUUCUUCAGUAGGGUCGUGGGACAUGAGAUCGAUCCCUUUGAGGACAUCCUGGUCACAGUCGGAGCAUAUCAGGCUCUUUUCAGCACAUUUCAAGCUCUGGUGGAUGAAGGAGAUGAGGUCAUAAUAGUCGAGCCAUUCUUUGACUGCUACCAGCCAAUGGUGAUUAUGGCGGGGGGAAAGGCGGUGUAUGUUCCUCUGAGGCCGAAAGCUGACGGCGCCGUCCUGUCAAGUGGAGACUGGGUUCUCUCUCGUGAGGAGCUCUCCAGUAAAAUCACUCCACGCACUAAAGCCAUCGUUAUCAACACUCCUAACAACCCGCUAGGAAAGGUUUAUAAGACAGAGGAGCUCCAAAUGAUCGCUGAUCUGUGCAUCAAACAUGACUUACUGUGCAUCAGUGAUGAAGUGUACGAGUGGCUGACUUAUGAUGGAGCCAAACACGUCAAGAUUGCCAGCCUUCCUGGGAUGUGGGAGCGAACCAUCACUAUAGGAAGUGGUGGAAAGACGUUCAGUGCUACUGGAUGGAAGGUUGGCUGGGCCAUCAGCUCCGGACACAUCAUCAAACACUUGAAAAUCAUUCAUCAGAACACUGUUUACCACUGCGCCACGGCUGCUCAGGAGGCGGUAGCUCAGGGAUUUGAGAGAGAAUACGAUGUCUACGGUACUCCAGAGAGCUACUUCCUGCAGCUGCCUGCAAUGCUGCAACAGAAGAGAAACAAGCUGGCCUCGUGUCUGCAGAGCGUGGGUCUGCAGCCCAUCAUGCCUGAGGGAGGGUACUUCAUGAUUGCAGACAUUUCUUCUCUCAGGGCGGACUUUCAGGACCAGAGCACUGAGGAAGAACCGUAUGACUUCAGAUUUGUUAAAUGGCUGACGAAAGAGAAGGGUUUGGCAACAAUCCCAGUCUCUGCAUUCUACAGUCCAGAGCACAGCAAGGAGUUCGACAAAUACAUCCGAUUCUGCUUUGUGAAGGAGGACGCCACUCUGGAUGCAGCAGCAGACAUACUGAAAAAGUGGAGUCAGGGACAGUAAAACCGCCCAGAAACAAAGCAUUACCCGUCCAUCCACAUUUUCCCCGGCAACUAAACCCAGCCUGGGUUGCCUCCUCAGCUGAAAUGAGCCACAUGCUUUGUUCCUGUGUUACAGAUAAAUAUGUCCACUUUUACUUCGUCCCUAUGCAGCAAACACCGUGACACUGAAAUCCUCUUAAGUGUUCCUUUGCAAUAACUUAAUAUACAUAUUUUUGAAUGUAAUAACCUUUUCUCAGCAAUCUAAGGGGUUUAUUUAAAUGUUUUCGCUUGAAUCACGUCCUGCUGAAGAGAUAUUUUUCCUGAGACAAAGUAGAAAAAAUGUAAUAAAGAUUUUAAGAAAUC